AUGGGAGUCUGUAAUUCCAAGAAACCUAUAAGGGGAGAGUUACCCCAUAUUUAUGAAAAAGUAAAAGACAAUCCGAAACCAGAACAAAUUUUAGAAGAAAUUAAAGAUCACAACUAAAACCUUAAUCCUUUUAAGAAUCCAAUUUUAGCUAGAAGAUUGCAUUCUAUUUCAGUUUAAUCAUCACUCCAAUAAACCCUUAAUUCUAAAACUUCGAAUCAAAACCCUUGA